UCUUUUUUUUUUUCUUUUCUGGUCAUCAUCAUGCCCAGAACAAAGGUGAAAAUCGCCUUCAUAACCAACGAUGCUGCGAGGAGGGCAGCAUACAGGAAAAGGAAGAAGGGAAUUCUGAAGAAGAUGGAGGAACUCAGCACCCUUUGUGGAAUUGAAGCAUGUGCUAUAGCAUAUAGCCCCUAUGAUCCCGAGCCAGUGAUUUGGCCAUCCGAAUUGGGUGUCCAUCAUGUGCUGGGAAAAUUCAGGACCAUGUCUGAAUGGGAGAAGAACAAGAAGAUGGCGAACCAGGAGAGCUUCCUAGGGCAUAUGAUCGCGAAGCACAAGGAGCAGCUGAAGAAACUCGUGAAGGAAAACAAGGAGAAGGAGAUGACCGUGUUCAUGCAUCAAUGCCUUGAUGAAGGGAGGGUUCUGCCAGAUAACAACUUGACCGCAGACGAUUUGAACGAUCUUUCGUCGAUCAUCGAACAGAACCUGAAGGAUGUUUGUAGAAGGUUGGAAACGCUGAAUGUUAUGGAGAAGACACCACCACACCAACAACCCCCCCAGAUCCAAUCAUCACCAGUGUUGGAUAUGAGUGCUAACCAUGAUCAAAAGCAGAAGAAGUUUAUGGAUUUGCUUAAUGGUAAUGAGGAUGAGACAACAACAGCGCCUCCAUUUGAAUCAGAUGCUAAUCUCCAACUCCAAAUUGGGUUUUAGGCUAACCUGUUACCUUGAAAAAAUUAAGCACGUGUGUGCUUGUUAGUCUUUUGGGAAUCAUGUUUCAGUUCAAUUUGUCUAUGCUUUGAUUUUUAAUUUUAAUUACUGUCCUAGCUUGUGUGUCAAUGUGAAGACACAAUAGUAAGUAGUCAUUUAAUUACUGUCUAGCUAGUCUUCACAUUUUAUUUUCGUGCCUGGAAAUACAUGUUGAUUUGGUUUGACAUGUUUAUCCUGCUUUCAGGAC